AUGGCAAAGAUCGGGAUAGAUGCCGAAUACGAAUGUGACAAUUCCUUGCCGCCGGAGGGAGGACUGGAGUUGGAAGUGAAGGUCUUCUUGCUAAAGCUCCUCGAUGAAAGGGGUGGAAUCAAGGCACCCAACCGAAAGAAUAAACUGGUCGCCAAACUCUGUGAUGAUUACCCAUCGCAGCUCGGAUGUCGGAGUUCAGUUCGAAGAUAUCGUACCGUGAACCUUGUGGAUCGAUGGAAGAGAAACCACGACUUCGAGGCCACCCGUGCUAACAUCAUUGCUGAAUUCAAUAAACUUGACCUGCAGUGUCCCAAUCCUGAGCCUGACGACGGAUCUCCCCCUGAAGACUCAGUCAUCGACUUGCCCGAGACCAAGCCGAAGCCGCAAAAGGUCAAAUCCUCUGCUGCUCCUACCAAGAAGAAGAAAUCCAACAAGCCUACACCGGAUAGCACCAUGUCGGCCAGCAAGUUUGGUAGCCCAAUCAAACUGCUCCGUGCGCAAAUCAAGACGGACGAUGAGGAAGACGAUGACCUUGAGCAGUACUUUGACUUUGAUCUUGUUAACGAGGACAAUCAUGGUGAUUACCUUGCGACGAUGUCGACGGAAGAAAGGGUUGGAAAGAUGCAAGCAAGCGCCAUUGUUGUGUGCCGUCCCAAUGUAGCCCCCGAAGACGUCAAGCACUUCACUGCCAGCUUUACAAAGGAUUGCAUCUCGAUUGAGGGCCCAUCCAAGGAUAGUGGUUUCUUGGAUGGCGCCGAAGGAAAAGAUGGCUGGUUACCCAAGCUUGAGAAGACGAAGACUCGCUUUGAAGCGGUGAAGCUUACAACCACCCUCAUGUCCUUGGUGACAAAGCUUAACAAGAAACAGCGUCCGAAGACCACUCACAUCAGUGUGAAGGACCUUGGCAUCACUGUAUCCAAUGAUUACUUUUCGAAAGGAGCUGCCAAAGGAAAGCUCAAGCUGCUUCCACUGCCCUACAAGGUCAUACGCACGGGCAAGGCUGGUGUCAAGGAGGAGAUUACUCGUGUCUUUCUUGUCUGGAGAGCUUUCAUUAUUGGAACGCUUUGCGAAGUCGAAGCCGAAGCAAAGACCAAGACUAAGGGAGAUCAGGAUCUCUUGGACGAGAUGUUGGCCCUCACAGGUUAG